CCCCGACCUUUUUUGUUUCUGAGCCAUGACACCUUUAAAGUAUUUGUUCUCUGUUGUAGUACAAUGUUGUAAUCGCCGCCUUGUUUGUGUCCAAUCUGGUGGCGGUGUCCAUGUGGAUUAACACUAAAAUAAAGUACCUCACAGAACAGUCUUCAUUUCUCUGCAUAAUGCAUCCUCUUCAUGAUGUUGAAUAUGGAAGGGUUUUUUUUCAGUUGGAAAAUGAUGGAAGAACACAGCUAACUGCCUCGCUUUCUAGUAACUUCAAAGACGAUACCCUUACUAACGCCAAUUCGAUUUCCAACGCCUGGAAUUUCCUUUUCAUGUCCCUUGAUUGUUGUGGGAUUGACACUAUUACUGGGCCAGGCAAUGUAUUCAACGUGACGUCAUGGUGUAUUAUUUCCGGUGACUGUCAUGAUGGCGUUAAGUACAUACCUUUGUCAUGCUGUACCGGGGUGACUGUUACAAAGUACUAUGCGACCUACACAUGCUAUUUAGCUCUUGACGAUGGGUCCUACAAUUAUAAGGGGUGCUUUUCGGCUCUGAAGACAGCGGUGGAUGCUUAUGGAGAUGGAUUUAUAGCACUUGGAUUCAUUUUACUAGUGCUGGAGGUUCUGGCUUUCAUUUUUACACUCAUGGACGUCUGUGGAAAAGAAAUUAAGAAGACUCCUCUGACAGGAAGUAAUGGAAAGAAACAAGGAUGGCGUUACCCCGUGUAGCUGUGUGAGGGUCCUGACUGAUUCCCCGAACAGUACAGACACAGAGGAACACUAUUUCACGUGUAAAUACAAUAGACACAGAAGAACACUAUUUCACGUGUAAAUACAGUAGACUGAAGAACAAUAUUUCACAUGUAAAUACAAUAGACACAGAAAAACAAUAUUUCACGUGUAAAUACAAUAGACACAGAAGAAGAAUAUUUCACGUGUAAAUACAAUAGACUCUGAAGAACAAUAUUUCACGUGUAAAUACAGUAGAUUGAAGAAUAAUAUUUCACGUGUAAAUACAGUAGACACAGAAGAACAAUAUUUCACGUGUAAAUACAGUAGACACAGAAGAACACUAUUUCACGUGUAAAUACAAUAGACACAGAAAAACAAUAUUUCACGUGUAAAUACAAUAGACACAGAAGAACAAUAUUUCACGUGUAAAUACAGUAGAUUGAAGAAUAAUAUUUCACGUGUAAAUACAGUAGACUGAAGAACAAUAUUUCACGUGUAAAUACAGUAGACUGAAGAACAAUAUUUCACAUGUAAAUACAAUAGACACAGAAAAACAAUAUUUCACGUGUAAAUACAAUAGACACAGAAGAACAAUAUUUCACGUGUAAAUACAAUAGACUCUGAAGAACAAUAUUUCACGUGUAAAUACAGUAGAUUGAAGAAUAAUAUUUCACGUGUAAAUACAGUAGACACAGAAGAACAAUAUUUCACGUGUAAAUACAGUAGACACAGAAGAACACUAUUUCACGUGUAAAUACAAUAGACACAGAAAAACAAUAUUUCACGUGUAAAUACAAUAGACACAGAAGAACAAUAUUUCACGUGUAAAUACAGUAGAUUGAAGAAUAAUAUUUCACGUGUAAAUACAGUAGACUGAAGAACAAUAUUUCACGUGUAAAUACAGUAGACUGAAGAACAAUAUUUCACGUGUAAAUACAGUAGACUGAAGAAUAAUAUUUCACGUGUAAAUACAGUAGACUCUGAAGAACAAUAUUUCACGUGUAAAUACAAUUGACACAGAAUAACAAUUUUUCACGUGUAAAUACAGUAGACUCUUAAGAACAAUAUUUCACGUGUAAAUACAAUAGACUCUUAAGAACAAUAUUUCACGUGUAAAUACAAUAGACUCUUAAGAACAAUAUUUCACGUGUAAAUACAACAGUAGGCUGAAGAACAAUAUUUCACAUGUAAAUACAUUAGACUCUGAAGAACAAUAUUUCAUGUGUAAAUACAAUAGACUCUUAAGAACAAUAUUUCACGUGUAAAUACAAUUGACACAGAAGAACAAUAUUUCACGUGUAAAUACAGUAAUGACACAGAAGAAGAACAUUUCCUGUAUUAUGUUGUUGGUAUAUAAACUGGAAAUAUG